AUGCCGCUGUCAUGGAAAGAAGGUCUCGUCAAUGCCUUUCCGAUCCCUCAAGAUCGCACGAAGCUGAGAUAUGUUUCGAAGAGGGACAAACAUAACGUGACCAUAUCGUCGGAGCUCGUUUCUGUCGUGGAGUCGUUGGAAACAGUCUCUUUGGAAGGAGACCCUUUCCCAUUCCUCGACCUACCAGGGGAGAUCCGUAACAGGAUCUACCAAUUGGUCUUGUUUGGCAAGCCAGGUUACCGAGUCAUUCAUGGUCGGAUGAGACCUUCUCGCAUAGGUAUCAUGCUUGCCAACAAGCUUACGCACCGCGAAGCCGCCUACGUACUUUACAGCACGUCGAGCUUCCGGAUCUUUCCUCUCCAGGAUUUUACUCCUGCGCCGGUCAUACAAGAGCUCCGCCCCAUGUAUCGCGACAUGGUGACUUCGCUGGAAAUGGUGGUCGGCUCAAGCUGGACAAGCCCACCCAAGACCUGGCGCGUAGGUAAACUACUGGCAAAGCGCCUGUCCAAGCUCUCCGCGGUGAACACUCUGAAGAUUUUCGUCGAGCUUGAUCCAAGCCUGCCGAUGUUUGAAAAAUAUCGUGUCUCCCUGGACUUCUAUACUGAUUUCUGCGGAGACUUGUUACGAGAUGUCCUAGCGUGUAUGCCGCAUCUGAGCCAUAUUGAAAUCAAUGGGAACCCGGGCAUUGACACUACCGGGCCACUCGUUUCGAGGUUGCUCCAGGAAGUAGAGGCAAAAGGAAAAACAUGUACAUUAGGACCAACGAAAGCGAUGCCCACUCCGACUGGUGUGAAAGUGGCAUUUUGGUAG